AUGACCGUCCGCGAAUCCGUCUUCAUCAACGAGCAAGAAAUCCCUGCCGAGAACGAAUUCGACGCCAACGACCUUCGCUCCGUGCACUUCGUCAUCUACGCUUCCAUCAACCGCGUCGUCCAGCAAGAAGUAUUCGACACCGACACUGGGAGAGUCAUGAGGCCGCGGAAGUCAGAGACCAGGUCGUUGCCCAUUGGCACGGUCAGGAUAGUUCCAUUCCCUCAUGCGCCGCACCCGGUUAAGGGAGGGCGGUAUCUAGCUGAUGAGUUGGUGAACUUGGAGGAGCUGGACGAGGAGACUAAGCAAGCGUUGGAAGUGGUUGAACAAGGUGGCAAGGAUCGCAAGACUAGUUUACAUGAUGGUGAGGAAGUCUACAUGAAACUCGGCCGUCUCGCUGUUCUCAAAGAGUUUCGUGGUCGUGGAAUUGCCGGUCAGUUAAUCAGAAGAGCGGUGGAGUGGAUGAAAGCCAACCCGAGAUAUUUCAGCCCGAGUGUGAAGGAGAGGGGGUUCGAAGCCCUGGGGAUCGAUCCGGAAAGGGACGCGAGGAUGAUGCCUAAGUGGCGAGGUCUUUUCUGCGUUCAUGCUCAGGUCAGUGCGAUCGGUGUUUGGAAGAGGGCGGGGUUUGUGGUGGAUGAGGAGAUGGGGAGGUGGUGGGAGGAGGGCAUUGAGCAUGUUGGUAUGUUCCAGAGGGUGGAUGUGAAGGCGUAG